ACAAUUCAAGAAUUAAAAAAGGAAAAUAAGUUACAUUAGUAGGCUAAGUUUCUCUUCACACUUCUACUCACUCUUAGUUUCGUUACAUUUUUUUUAUUAAAGUGCGAUGAGCCUUCUUUUCUUCAAAGAAUAAUUUCGAAUUUCGAACUAGCAAGAAAAAUUCAUACCUAUUUUGAGCUUGGCUUACACGAGGUCGUUAAGGAUAUAGAAAGCAACAAUCUCAUUGGUUGUCUGUUGUGCCAGGGCCUGGUACGAGUUUCUACCUCACUUGCGACUUUCGCCUUCAAGCGAAAUAUAAAAUUCAGGACUCACGUCAUAUAUCUUCGUUUCUAAAAAGUAAAGAUAGCUGUGACACCACGUAAUUCAAAUUGUGUUAUAUAUUAGAGGUUUGCCAUUGAGCAUAGAGUAAAUCUGUUAUUUUGAUUAAUGGUUUUACAUAUGUAUUGCUUGAAUAUUCAUAAACUGCCUUUCUAAAAAAACAUUAAGAAUAAACCAUUACCGAAGAAAAGAUGGUCUCUCGAAUUUUAAGUAUUCUGGUAUCAUUACUUUUUAUAAAAUACAUACUGUCAAAUCAAAACAUUUAUGUCAUACAUAGUGUUAACUGUAUUGGAAAUGGGAAGAUUACCAACUACGCAAAAAGACAAUUGCGAACAUCGUGUUUGCUAAACUGUGGAAACGACAAAAAUUGCGAUAAAGCAUUUUAUAAGCCAGAGGAAGGAAACAGCAUGUUUGGGGAAUGUUGGUUUGUCAAAGAAGAAGGCGGAAAUGAAGUUGAUUUGCUACAAAAUACAGUUGCUGCAGAAAUAGAGACAUUUCAGGAUGUCUCUUAUUGUGGACGGAACACAUGUAAAUAUGGAAGAUGUGAGAACACGAACACCGAAGCGCAGCACAUAUGCCAUUGCGAUUAUGAAGAUUGGAAGCUACAAGCGACGAAUGUUUGUUUUGGCGCGAAAAAUGAUAGUUACGGAAAUUUCACAUUACGUGAUGAUGGCAUAUUAACAAAGCUAAAACUCCAUCAUAACGGCGACGCAACAUUAAACUGUAAUUUCAACCAAGGCGUCAGUCACUCUCGAUGGGGAUGCGCUCACUACGCUACUGGGCUUCUUGGUAUUGCGAUUACUAACGAAGAAAACAUUAUUAUGUUUCCAAAUCCGCCACCAAUUCACUUUACUUACAACCUUCCUGGAUACAAUGACAGCUCUCCAUUUAUUGUAUUUCAGAAUUACAACAUACCAGCAAAGAUUGACGACGAGUUUCGCAUCUGGUACCUUGAAGAUUUUGGGUUAUCUCAAGAAGAUGAUAACUCGGGAAGAUCAUGCACAGAUGUAUAUGCUGUCUUCUGUGAUUAAAAUGAAUUUAUUUAUUUAAUUGUAAACCCGAUCAAUAUUAAUUUUAAGGACAUUUGCGUACA